UUAAAACAGUAAAAUACAACUGAUAAAUAAUAUUAUAUUAGGUAUACCCAUUCAGUAUAUGCUUAACCAUAUUACUAAAUAAAAUAUUACAUUGAUGAGAGAAAAAAAAUAUUCUUUAAAAUUGAUCACCGAUUGUUUUUUAUAAUUCAUACUCACCACAAUCUUGUUUUAAGAACAUGUGUUCCGGAGCAAUCCGUUUUAUCAUCGUCCUGUGUUCGAUCGGCUGCUUGUCGACAAUUCCGGCUCACCGGAUCUUGGCGUGUGAGCCCUCCGCCGGCCACAGCCAUUGGAACGUCAUGUCAGCGGUGCUGGAGAGCUUGGUGGCCGCUGGGCAUGAGGUGGUGUGCCUGACCAUUCACCCGGCCACCGAUAGGUUGGCCGCUCAUCCCAAUUACACACACGUGGACAUGUCGUCGAUGGUCACCGGUUCACUACAAAAAGCUCGAGACAUAGACUACGCACAUGUGAUGAAAGUCUUCCGGUCGAACGCGUUCAUGGUGGGGCUGGCCACCAGCCGGGCGGUGUACGUGUGUAAAUACUUGUUCGACAUGCCGGAAAUACGUGACAUAUUGGACGGACGCAGUCCCGCAUUCGACGCUGUCAUCAUGGAGUCACUGCACUCAGAGUGCAUGUCCACACUGCCCGAUAGGCUUGGCUUGCCGGUUGUCUACGUAGUCCCGUCACCGACGGUCAAUUGGAUGCCAGCGGCCACUGGUGCCCCCGACCAUCCAUCUUAUCUAGGAGCGAUGCUUGCCGACCGACCGACACCAGUGACAUUCGGCCACCGGCUGGCGAAUGCACUGGUGUACGCUCACACCACGCUGGUCCGGUGGUACAACGACGUGGGCCGCGACCACCGGUGGCCGGAUCACCGGCACAGCAUGGUGUUUGUCAACACGCAUCACUCGAUAGAACCGAGUCGGCCGGUGGGGCCCAACGUCCUUGAAAUCGGAGGCAUUCACCUGAACCAGCCUCUCAAACCGAUUCCCAGAGAUUUAGCAGAUGUGAUAGACAAGAGUAAUGAAUUCGGCGUAAUCGUAUUUACUUUUGGCUCUUUGAUCUCCAUGAAUACACUGCCCAAUGAUGUAUUAGAUGCGUUUAAAAUCGUGUUUAGCCAACUUCCCCAAACGGUUAUUUGGAAGUACGAGAACGAUCACAUGCCCGACAAGCCAGAAAAUGUGAUGUUAUGUAAAUGGUUACCACAGCGUGCUAUAUUACAACAUCCAAAUGUAAAAUUGUUCAUAAGUCACGGCGGGAUGAGUGGAGUCUACGAAGUUGUAGAUGCGGGAGUUCCAGUUCUUGGGAUGCCGUUGUUUUACGACCAACCUAGGAACAUUCAAAAUCUGGUGGACCUCGGUAUAGCGUUGUCUAUGAAUAUCAAUAAUUUGACUCAUACAACACUAUCUGAAGCUAUAAACCGAUUAAUCAAAGAUAAAAGUUUUUCAGAAAACGCCAAACGGGUGUCGUCCCUGUUCCGAGACCGCCCCAUGACGCCCUCCGCGUCCGUAGUCUACUGGGUCGAAUAUUUGAUUCGACACAGAAAGGAAGACAAUAUCAGACCCUCGUCGGCCGACGCAUCGUGGACUAGCCAUUUCAUGUUGGACAUAGGUGCAGCACUAGUAGUGGCGAUACUUAUACUAUGGUCCGUCACGCGCGCCGCCCUACGCGUUGUUCUCAACAAAUCCAUUCCGUCCAAUGUGAAAUGACGCACAAUUAUACGAAUUCGUGUACACAAUGGCGUGGCGAAGGGGGGUGAUCGAGUGGUAGACGCUUUUGAGUUUUUAAGGGGUCGUAGAUAUAGCCAUAUAAGUAGGUGAAAAAUAAUUUAAAACUACCUAACUAGAAUAAGUAUUGUAUCUUAGUAUUUACUACGACAGGAGUUAAAAAUAUAACAGUAAAUGCCUUUAUCGCGGGUAUUGGCUGAGUGGGUAUGAGUUAACCUCUAAAAAAUAUCAAGUCCGCAGCGUUCGCCACACCGUUGCGUGUCCGAAACAUUAGUUACGUGUGUUUCUUACGAUCGAUGUGUUAUAAAAGUUCACAAUACAUUCGAAUGUACUAAAUAAUUCCAAAUCCAUAAGAAAAAAAAUGUAUAGUAGGUACGUCUCAUAUAUUUUGUGGACGUGGUCAAUACUUAUUAAUUAUUUUUAUAAAAUAUAUAGGUAAUAACUAAUACCUAUGUUUCAUAUUUAAUACUUAGUAAUACAAAUGUAAUAUAUAAUAAUAUGUACCUAACGAAUUAAACUAAUGACAAUAAUAAACAAGUAUAAGCUUUUGAUAUUAAGUA